AUGAACGAGCUCAAUUUCCGCGUCGCGACCGAAGAGCACGCCGCUCAAAUUCACCACUUGGUAGAAACUGCGUUCCGCACCAUGGACAGCAGAAAGGACUGGACGGACAACCUAGGUCUCGUGUCGAGCUUUCGACCACAUAUCCAAGAAGUUAUCGACGUUAUCAACAAACCCGACAGCGUCAUGCUGAUGGCAACCAACCAUCAAAACAAGCUUGUCGGCGCAAUCGGGACCUCCAAGCGCGAUGCAAACUACGCUCGUCUUUUCAGGCUUGCCGUUGACACGAGCCUACAGCGCGGCGGCAUUGGGCGUCAACUCUUGGAAUACGCUGAAGACUAUUGUCAGCGGACUUGGAGUGUUACGACGGUGGGAUUAGAUGCCCUUUCUUGUCGCCAUGCACUUAUCUCGUGGUAUUUGCGUUGUGGAUACAAAAAGACGGGUGAAACGACACCCUUCCCUCGCGAUGAGGUCGACCUAGCAUUGCCGGAUGAUCUUUGUUUCAUCGAAUUCGAGAAAGCUGUUGGAAUAGCGCCUACUGCUGAACAAGCCAACUAA